UAGAUAAUAUAUUGUAAUGGUGUUAUGCAUGUCCACUAUUUGCAAGUCGUAACUAACGUUAAUAAAAAAGUAAACAUUGUCAACCACGCUACUGAAUCCACCCUUUUUUUUCUCCGCCUUUGUCACUAUAAACAGUCUGUCUGUAAUGACAUCAGCUGUUAGUGUUGUCUUGUGUGGACCUUGUCCCGUCAGCGUAGAUAACUCCAGUUUUGCAGACAGCAUAAAUUCAUGCAGACAGACAACAGACUCCGGUUGCAUCCAUAGUCAUCGGGAAAUCUCAGUUUUGCUGCAUCACUGCCAGGAACACGUUAAGCAAGAAAAGAAGGAUUCAGAAAAGAUAAGGAAGAGUGCCGUGCGAAGAGGAAAGGAGCGGAGAAGGGAUAGUCUUCAAGUUCUGCUCAGUGUGUAUGUGUUGGGGUGCAUGAAGCUGUAGACCACUGCACUGAUGGAGAAGAGGGAGAGGAAGCCUGGAUACUUUUCCAGGCUGAAGAGGCGGAGACAGCUCAAGCAGAGCCAAUCAGGGAAGGCAGUGGCUGAGCAGAACCGGUUGGAUUUGUCCGCAAAGAUGCCCGUCAUCUCCUGCCCAGACCCUGCUUUUUCUGAACCCCUGGAGAGGAUUAAACCUAACCUGCCUGGAGUCUCAGAUGGCAACAGGAGCAGCCAGGCCAAGAGAGAGAAGAGGCCCCCCGGGACAGUGGAGUAUACCGUGGGACUCCAGGAAUCUCUAAGCAGCAUUGCUCUGAAGUUUAACAUCACCCCGAACAAACUGGUGCAGCUCAACCGUCUCUUCUGCCGUAGUAUCUAUCCUGGACAGAAGCUGUUUGUUCCUGACGUGGGCCAAUCGGGUGCCGACUCUCAGUCUGUGCGUUCUUCUGACCCCGCCUUCCCCAGCGGCCUAUCAGAGAAGGUGUUACAGGAUGGAGACUCCAGCGGCAGGUCAGUAAGACCAUUACGACGGGGGCUAUCGCCCCCGUCCGAGGACGAGAGCCCCGCCACGGUCAAGUUCAUUAAGAUGAGCUGCAAGUACUUUACUGAUGGAAUGGGUGUGGUGGGAGGGGUGAUGAUCGUGACGCCCAACAACAUCAUGUUUGACCCUCACAAGUCUGACCCCCUGGUGAUUGAGCACGGCUGUGAGGAGUACGGCCUGCUCUGCCCCAUGGAGGAGGUGGUGUCUGUGGCCCUCUACGACGACAUCUCCCACAUGAAGCUCAAGGACGCGUUGCCGUUAGACCCACCCCAGGAUCUGUGUCCUCUGUACAGGCCCGGGGAGUGGGAGGAGCUGCCCUCAGAGCGCGACCUUAACCCCUUUAGCCGCUACGAGGCGCUGGACCCCAAACGACCCAUCGUCCUGGACGACAUCAACUCUGCCCUGUCAGAGACUGUCAUAGCGAGAGCAGAGUGUGAUCCAGCGGACAAGUCUCCAUCAGAUGAGUGUUUCACAGAGCUGGAGCUUCCAUUGAAAUGGAGCGCAGAGGAACUGAAGAGCGGAUCCAGACCACCUGCCAGUGCUACAAGCUCGGACCAGCAAGGAGAGCCUCCAGGAUCUAAUACCCCUAAACGGGCAAAGUCCCAGGACCAGUCCCCCUCUGACUCAGUCCCACUGACCUCGCAGAGAGGGGAGGAGGAGGAUGAAGGACUGGUACAGAACAGAUCCAUUGAGGACAUGACAGAAUCACUGCCCGUCUCAUCAGAGACUGAGAAAGACGGUGAACUCUUGAAGGAGAAGCCUGCUAGCCUAGCCACAGGCCAAGGCCAAGACGACAACUCUACAGGGCAACUAGUGAACAGUGUUAGCAUUAGAGAACAAUCAGAAUCCGCAAUGGACCAAAACAGGAAGCUGAGCUUCAGUGAGACUGCUGAGUCUCCAGGAAAAUGUAUUUCUUGGGAACCCAGCCCUGCAGGCGAGCUGCAGAACGGACCAAUGAUAGAGGGGCUGAGUGAAGAAGAGAAGCGGAAGAGGAGCAACAAAGCGGAAGUGAAGUCCUGGCUGCUGGAGCGGAUGCAGGCGCCCAUCCAAAACACGCUUCUGUCCACGGAGAGGAAGAGUAAGACCCCUCCCAUGUUCCUUUGCCUCAAGGUGGGCAAGCCCAUGAGGAAGUCCUUCGUCUUUAGCCGGUCAUCCAGCCCCGCUCACACGAGAGGAAAGCAGCCGGAAUACUGGUUUGCUGUGCCCCAGGAGAGGGUGGACCACCUAUAUGCGUUUUUUGUCCAAUGGUCUCCUGACGUGUACGGUAAGGUGGCCAGGGAGCAGGGCUUCGUGGUCGUGGAGAAGGACGAGCUCAACAUGAUCGAUAACUUCUUCAGUGACCCCGUGACCCCUCACAGCUGGGAGAUCAUCACCAUCAACGAGGCGACGCGCAGGCAGACUUUUGGUAGUUACGAAGGGGAGGAGCCUUCGGGGGAUCUACUGCCCAUGCUCAGUGACCCUAGCACUCUGUUACAGGACACACACAUAGAGAAGCUUGCGUGUCGGCUGCCGGCGCGGGUGCAGGGGUAUCCAUGGAGACUGGCUUACAGUACGGCAGAACACGGGACCAGCUUAAAGACCCUGUACAGGAGCCUAUUGGAUGUGGACAGCCCUGUGCUACUGGUCAUCAAAGACAUGGACAACCAGUUGUUUGGGGGAUACUCUACCCAUCCUUUCAGAGUAAGUGAGCAUUGCUAUGGCACGGGAGAGACCUUCCUCUUCAGCUUCUGCCCUGAGAUCAAGAUGUACCGCUGGACUGGGGAGAACUCCUACUUUGUUAAAGGCAACAUAGAUUCUCUUCAGAUGGGAGGAGGAGGAGGUCAGAUAGGGCUGUGGGUGGACGCUGACCUGUACCACGGCACCACCUCCAGCUGUGCCACCUUCCACAACCAGCCCCUCGCCACCCAGAAGGACUUCACCAUCCACAGUGUGGAGGUCUGGGCCUUCGAGUAGCCUCCCUCCACCUCCAGUCUCCGCCAAACCACACCCACACUUGUGGGAACCUAGACCUAGCUUCAACGCCCACCCCUUUAUCAGAAUGCGGAGCUGACGAUUUCAGAUGGUGUAUGUCAUGGUUUAUGCCAGCCGGGUUUGAUGUGGUUGGAACCUGGUUUGUCCUGAGUGUGGCGGAGGUGUGAACAGCUGUGGCUGGUGUAUUUCCCUUUUUCUCUAUUUGCUGCCCUAAGGUUCUCGCAUGCUUCCUAGUCGAAAUGUGGCGCGCUGGUUUACGCAUUUAUUAUGACAAGAUUUUGUGGUGUUUGGCAGGGUUUUUUCCAGUUGUUCACACACAUUUGUUUUCUUGAGACAAGUUUAAGUUCACUAGCUGAAGUCUACUCGCCUUUGUCAGUGAUUGGUCAAAAGUAGGGAUUCUUCAAUGAAGUGUGUCAUUCAACGAGAGACAACUUUUCAUGCACAUUUAUUCACUUAAAAUACUGCACCAAACAUCUUAGCUAGAUGUAAAAUUGCGUGACGAAGACCUCGGCAAAAACUAAAAAUAACUACACAUUUGUUAAUUUUUCUGAUUUAUUUAAACUAUUUUGAGGAAGUGUUUAUUGACUAUGUUGCUACGGCGUCUCAAGAGGGACAAAACAUAAUAUUGCCGCUUUUUUUCUUCAUUUUCAAGCAGUCAUUUAAGGGAGUAUGUGAGGCACAGAUGUGCGUCUAGCUGAGUUCUGCUAGGAGCAGACCGAAUCUAGUAUGCAGGCACCUUUUUAUACCUACCACGCCACAGCUAUCCCAGCAUGCAGCCUGCCUGCAGAACUCAACUUCUACCCACUCGGAAGGGGAGAAGUAGAGUGACUCAAGUUCCUGGAGGAUCAGAGGCGAUUCUGAUGCAAUUGUCCUUUCUAAUGAAAUCCGUCAUAGGUGACUGUAAACCACAAUAUUAAAACAAUUCAUUGUGAGAUUUUUGUAUUAGGGAAGUGUCUAAUAGUGGGUACAAUGCCCAUCAAAAGGGAAUAAGGCAUCUGGUGAAUUGAAUAAACAACCAUCAAUUCUCGCCAAUCAGAUUGCUCCUUUUUGUUAUCAACCAGAAUAAUCUGAUUUCCCUGAGAUAUUAGGAACUGAUGUGAAAGGGAAGAAGUUUUAGGUAGUGCUUUUGAGACUCAUUUCUCUAACACACACAUUUGCCCCAAACCCACUUUAAAUAUAGGAGUAAUUGUUUACAAAGAGAAGAGGUUUGCAUUCACUGAAGGUUGUAUUGUUCUCAUGUCUCCAGUCCUAUAUAGACUGAAUGAGAAUGUUGCAUUUCAUGACCCUCGCUUUCCAAAACAACUGCCCACUAAGGGAACAUACAGUGCAUUCGGAAAGUAUUCCGUCCCCUUCUCUUUUUCCACAUUUUGUUAUGUUACAGCCUUGUUCUAAAAUGGAUUAAAAAAUUGUUUUUAUUCCCCAUCAAUCUACACUCAAUACCCCAUAAUGAAAAGGCAAAAACUGAUUUAGACAUUUUUGCAAAUGUGUGUGUGUGUGUGUGUGUGUGUGUGUGUGUGUGUGUGUGUGUGUGUGUGUGUGUGUGUGUGUGUGUGUGUGUGUGUGUGUGUGUGUGUGUGUGUGUGUGUGUGUGUGUGUAUGUGUGUAUGUAUGUGUAUAUAUAUAUAUAUAUAUAUAUAUAAAAAAACUGAACUAUGGCAUUUAUGUAAGUAUUCAGACCCUUUACUCAGUACUGUGUUGAAGCACAGGGUCGCUGCAUAGCUAUUUUCAGGUCAAUCUUGGUUUCACCAGACCAGAGAAUCUUGUUUCUCAUGGUCUGAGAAUCCUUUGGGUGCCUUUUGGCAGAUUUCAAGCGGGCUGUCAUGUGCUUCCGUCUGGCCACUCUACCAUAAAGGCCUGAUUGUGCUGCAGAGAUGGUUGAUGGUUCUCCCAUCUCCAUAGAGGAACUCCAGAGCUCUGUUAGUGACCAUCACAUUCUUGGUCACCUCCCUGACCAAGGCCCUACAGUUUCGCUGGGCAGCCAGCUCUAGGAAGAGUAUUGGUGGUUCCAAUCUUCUUCUAUUUAAGAAUGAUGGAGGCUAUAGUGUUCUUGGGGACCUUCAAUGCUGCAGAAAUGUUUUGUUACCCUUCCUCAGAUUUGUGCCUCAACACAAUCCUGUCUCGGAGCUCUACGGACAAUUCCUUCAACCUCAUGGCUUUGUUUUUGCUCUGACAUGCACGGUUAUCUGUGGGACCUUAUAUAGACAGGUGUGUGCUUUCCAAAGGGUCUGAAUGCUUAAGGUAUUUAAGUUUUUUUUAUUUGUAAUACAUUUGCAAACAUUUCUGAAUCUUUAUUAUUGGGGGGGGGGGGGGGGGGUGUAGUGAGGAAAAACAUUAAUUGAAUCAAUUUUAGAGUAAGGCUGUAAUGCAACUAAAUGUGGAAAAAGGGAAGAGGUCUGAAAUACUUUCAGAAUGUACUGUAAAGAGGACGUUUUUGUAAUGAACAAAUGUUUUAUUAUACUUGAUCUGUUUUGUUUGUUUCAUCAUAUAGAAUUGUAUGUUUUUUUGUUUUGCAUUUCAAUUUUCUGUUUUGUUUUAAAGGAAGUCCCGUCAUCGGCCACAAGGUUGAUAAAUUCCAAGCAGGAAAUAGAUUGAAGGUUCUCAAGGCAGUAUUAGUCUGUCACAUCUCUGACCAACUGUACCUUCUCUUGGUUUUGUAUGCGUUUCGGUAAGUAGGGUGAUUUGCUACAGAGUGUGAGGGUUUAGUCCAUUGAGACAAGGGAAGUAGGGAGGGAUGUCGUUUUGCGCUGCAGGCUUGUGGGACAGUUCAAUAACUCGAGGUGAUUGGUCUUGUCUGUGGAAUUAACAUCAAUCACUAUUGUCACUUUCUACCACUACGACAGGGAAGGAUGGGUCACCACUUGUAUUUUAUUUGGGAAAGAAAGGGAUAUACCUUUUUAUUUCUCAACACGUUCUGUUGAUCUCGUGCAACUGAGGGUUCCUUUUUAUUUUCCAAACCGAUGUCGAUAAAGGGAGUGUUAAUUUCUGUCUCUAGUUACUGUAAGAUGACUAGGCCUACUGCAUGAUAUGACUACUGUAACUGUUGAACCUGUUCCUGCGUUCCCACUAUCCACAAUCCUUACAGGUAUGGCUUUGUUUUAUGUAUUUUGUCAUAUAGAUGUUGCGUGUUCUUCUCAUUGUGAAUGUUUCCAGUGUUUUAUUUCCUGUGAAUCCAAAAACCAUAGUAUCAUAUGUGAAUACCACCAAGGAUGUAUUUAUUCUAUUGUUGCCACGUUUAAAACGAAAUAAACAAAUAAUAGCGUUA